AACCGGGUGCUGUCCCUGUUGAUACUCCCUAGUCCUUGGAGUUCGCAGCCUCGGGGAUCACACUUUAUACUUUUGAGUUCUGCAGUUUUCCCAAAGUGCCCAGAAGAGCAGAGAAGCAUGGCUAUUGUGGAUGUCAGCACUGUGUUCAAGGAGUUGGUGGUUUUCAGGGAUGUGGCUGUGGAGUUCUGUAAGGAAGAGUGGGAGUGCCUGGGCCCUGAUCAGAGGUCUUUAUACAGAGAUGUGAUGCUGGAGAACUACAGCAACUUUGUGUCCCUCGGACUUGCUAUUCCUAAGCCAUCAGUCAUUUCACUACUGGAGCAAGGCAAAGAACCCUGGAUAGUCGAGCAGACAGGAUGGUAUUCAGAUUUGCUGUCUGUAAAUGAAACUAAAACUUUAUCUCUAAAGAAUGGCAUCUUUGGAAAGGAAUCACUAAAAUGGAAAAUAAUAGAAAGAGUCACUGAUUCAGCUUGCCUUGAGGAGUCGUGUUUUGGAGAUGGUUGGAAAUGCCGGGGACUGCCUGAGACUCAGCCAGAGUCUGCAGAGGAGUGUCUCCAGGGAGUGGCAGCCCCCCCGGAGAAGAUGCCACCCAAAUUCAUCGAGCCUGCACCCAUUGCUCUAGGUGAGAUGACUCAUUCUGAAACAAAACCCUUUGAGCAGGAAGCGGGGGAAGCCGUUAUUCAACAGGUGAGAAUUCCUACAGGUGACAAGCUUACUGAGAUGUACGAGAAAGCCUUUGUCUACUACACAGAUCCAAAGAAGCGUCAGCAGGCUUUUGCUGGGGAGAAGUGUGGGGAGUUGAAGGAGUGCAGCAGGGGGUUCGAGUAUGACUUCCAGCUCGCCCCGUAUCAGAUCAAUAAGAAGCCCUACCAGUGUGAGAUCUGUGGCAAGAUCUUUGAGAAGCACGCUUACCUGGUUCAGCACAACCGCUUCCACACGGGGGAGAAGCCCUGCGAGUGCAAGGAGUGCGGAAAGGCCUUCACCAACUGCUCGCUGCUGGUGCAGCACCAGAGGGUCCACACCGACGAGAAGCCCUACGAGUGCAAGCACUGUGGAAAGGCCUUCCUCUACUUCUCUACGUUUUUCCAGCAUCAGAGGACACACACCAACGAGAAGCCUUACGAGUGUCACAAAUGUCAGAAGGCCUUCAACAAGAGCGCGAACCUCACCAGACACCAGAGGAUCCACAGCGGGGAGAAGCCCUAUGAGUGCAAUCUGUGCGGAAAGACUUUCACGUGGGCUUCCAACCUGAACGAUCACCAGAAGAUCCACACCGGCGAGAAGCCCUAUGAGUGUAACUAUUGUGAGAAGGCCUUUCUCUGCCACUCAGCAUUCAUGAAACACUAUAGAACUCACACCAAUGAGAAGCCCUAUGAGUGCCAGGAAUGUAUGAAGGCUUUUAGGCAGAAAGCACAUCUCAUCCAACACCAGAGAGUUCACACUGGUGAAAAGCCCUACGAAUGUAAGGAAUGCGGGAAGGCCUUUGCCUGUCCCUCGUACUUUAAUAGACACCAGAGAAUUCACACAGGGGAGAGGCCGUACGAGUGUAAGGAGUGUGGGAAGGCCUUCAUCGACUGCAAGACCCUGAUCCUGCACCAGAGGAUCCACACGGGGGAGAAGCCCUUUCAGUGCCGGCAGUGCGGCAAGGCCUUCCGGCAGAGGUCCCACCUCACGCAGCACCAGCGGAUCCACACGGGGGAGAAGCCCUACGAGUGCAAGGAGUGUGGGCAGGCCUUCACUCGGCUCCUGCAGGUGAAGAAGCACCAGAGAAUCCACGCGGUGGGAGAAAUCUUGUGUAUUUGAAUACUGCCCUUUAUUUAUUGAACAGCCCCUACUCGGCGUCUUCGCGUACCUACAGAAGAUCAGUGUUAAUAAGAUCGGAAAGAUGGGCAGUACCUUCAUGUGUCCCUCAGCUCUCUAGACGCUGCUGAGAGACGCCUUCUGGAGUGAGGUGUGCGGAAUGACCUCUCCCUGUAUUCAGCGUGUAAUUUAUACCACGUCUAGGACGGGAAACCCUUGUUCUCAGCUGCCCCUGAUGGAAUAAGAGUUUGUGAGAGAGGACCAUCUGAUGACUGUACCUUUUUUCUUUAUAACCUAUGGUUUAUUGAGUACUAAUUCACAUAGGGAAAAUUAAAUUAUGAAUAGAAAUACUAAUUCUGUAACCAGUAAAAGGGUAUUUAAUUAUAGCUAUAGAAAAUACCACAUUGAGAACAAUGGCGAGGACUUUCUUAGUGUAGAAGCAGCUCGUGCAUCACUCGUCCCCUGUGUUGUAAUAUGUUGACGUCAGCCCUGCUUCAGAUUGCUGCCUUUUAGCUGGUAGUAUGGUUACUGUGAGGAUUGAAUGAAUUCAGUAAAAGGAACCAUCGUAUAGUCACUAGCAAGGAGGAAUGAUUAGGAAAUACUAGGACUCAUCUUCUUUAAUAGCCUUUGUCACUCUUUUUGGAAUGUUCAUAUGCAAUUUAUCAAUGAUGUCGCCUGUCAGGGCUUAUUCCAUACCAAAGCUUUCCUAACGAGCUCAGGAGUGGGAGUGAUUGGAAUGGAACGCAGGCAGAUUUUCACUUCAACUUCAGCUGACUCAGAAAAUUGACUCUAGCAGGACUGCAUAAAGUCACUGAUGGGUGUGUUAGAGGGAAGAUGAGCGCAAGAGUCCUCCACGGCAGAAGCGCUGUGUUUUCAGGACAGUUGGGUCUGCGCAGGGUGGGAAAUGGAACAAAUCUAUAGUCUGUAACUGUCACAACAGGACUCUUGGAUUCUGUGAAAAAUGCAGUGUGAAAGUAUAGCUUGCUUCUGUGUGAAAGAUAACAGCAGACCUGUCCUAAAGCCUGCUAGGGCUCAUUUGAAUAAAUGCUAUAAAACAUUCCAUCAAGAAAGCAAUAAAUCUCAGAGUUGACAGCAGAAAUAUAUAUUAUAUACAAUAGAUCAAUGAAUUUAAAGAAAUUUCUUUUAAAAAAAAAAAUAAAAUGGGAUCACUGGGCUUUAAAAGCUUUUUCCAAAUCUUCUGAUACAUAGGCUAGAAGUCCCAGGUCCUAAGGAGACCUUUGAAGGACACAAAUGUGACCGGGAACUGAAACGUUCUCAGGCAGAAGUGUGGUCAGUUGGUUGCUUUUGGUUUAUUUUGAGACUGAGUCUCACAAGUUAGUGGCAAUCCUCCUGUCUCGACCGCUUGAGUGCGGACAUUAGAAGUGUGUGCCACCACACCGGCUUGAACUCAGAGCUCUGAGCCUGCUAGGCAUGGUUUUGCCACUGAGCUACAUCCCCAACCCUUUGUGUUUUUCUGAGACAGGGUCUUGCCUAACUGCCUAGGCAGGCCUUGAACUCAGGAGCCCUCUCAAAUAGCCACCACAGAUCUCUGCCACCAGGUACAGCUAGAAAGUUUUACUGCUAUAAAAUAAUUUGUUCAGUGUUAUAUCAGUUAAAUUUGAAAUGCUUAGAGUAAGUUUUGUGUGAAUGUGUAUAAAUGUUUCUGAUUGACUCACAAACCUCUAGAAAGUUGGAAUAAAGCCAGUAUACUUUUCAACAAAAUAGAAAAACGUGCUGUGUUAUAGUAAAUGAAGGAUGUGGUGUAGUGUUCAACAAGGAAGCUAAGCUUUUGUUUGAGAUAGGGCAUCAUGUAGCCCAGGCUAGCCUCAACCUCGUAAUCUUGCUUUAGCUUCCCAAGUGCUGGUUUAUCAGAUACAUACCAAGGAAAUUUGAAACAUUAUCAACAUAACGCCUUUGCCAUCCCUCCUUUUUAUAAGGUUAAAUAACCUUUUUACUGAGAAAAAAGUUAGAAAUCUUAGAGUGUGUUGAUUGGUGAACUCAUGUAAUCCCAGCACUGGGAAGGCCGAUGCGGGAAAAUUUGGGCUGUUCAAGCCCAGACUGGGCCAGAUGAGACAGCAAGCAAAGGCAACGGACAUAGAAGGAGCCAGUGGGAAACUGGCAGAAUGGUAGGCAUGAAUUGCAUCAGUAUCUCCAGAAACUACUUGACUAGGCUGAUUGCGAUAGUUGAAGUUUUUUCCUUAUUUAGAUGAAAUACUGGGUUGGUGUGGGACAUCUGGAAUCAUCUCUUGGAAGGCAAGGAUGAGAUUGCUGUUGUUUCAUAAUAGCUUGGGAUAUUCUGAGCAAUACCAUCUCAGAGAGAGAGUGAGAGAGAGACACAAAGAGAGAAAGAAAGGAAAGGAAAGAAAGCUACAGAAGGACUGAAAUUGAAUGAGGAGAAAGACCCAUGCUGUUGAGAUAUUAACCAAAGGAAUCCCCCAUGGAAAGAGUUUAAGAAGAAAUGACAAAAAUUAUUAAAAAAUUAGGGGAAAAGAUGCAAUGUUCAACAGUUCAUUAAAAGAAUCAGAAUCGUUUUAUUUUUUUGUAACUAAUAGCAUGGCCUCCAUAGAUAAGUAAAAGUUUAAUAAACUACAGAGAAAGCCAGCUCGGAGUUCAACAUACCUGUUAGCAAAAUCAGGCUGGACCUCUUGAAUUAAUAUCAUUGAAAGGUCUAAUGUGGACUCUUCCACAUUUACAAAAUAUUCUCUUAUAUAAAUGUUACUUUCUGUGUCUCGAAUGUCAAGUCUGUAAGUAUCAGUCCAGUCAAAUUAUACAUAAUGCCUUCUUACCUAGGCCUUAGUGAUAUUCUCCAGAUACUUGGAAAUACACUUUGAAAUAAUUUCAGAAUAACCAUUAGUUAAACUUAAUGGAAUUGAGGGGGAAAUGAUAGUUAUGCAUUUGUGGUGUGCACUGGACUGUUUUCCAGGAAACAAGUCAGUGAGGAAUUCAUCGAGAUGGAGGUUUUUAAAAGGUAGAAGAGGAAAUAAGAGGCUAGGAACAGCAAUUCGGGGGAAGCAAAAUUGAUACAUUUUAAACAAUUGACAUAUUCUGGGGUAGUGUCUUUAGCUAUUAAGACUUAGCUAUUGAAGCUGAGCAUGGCGGCUCAGAUCUUCACUCCUAGCCUUCAGGAGGCAGAGACAGGAUGACCUCUGAGUUCCAAGCCAUCCUGGCCUACAGAGUGAGACCCUCUCUGGCGAAUCACAUAGUUCUUAAGGCCUGCAGUGUAGUACUAAGGAGUGUAGGCCCUGGGCAGCCUGGGCUACAUAAUGAGGCUCCUUCCCCUCAACACUGAAACUAAAUUUCACACAUUAUUGAAGAAUGAGUCCUUUAGUGCUUUUCAGAGUUGAAAGAGGAAUUUAUUAGAAAAUAAAGAUUAACAUCCUCAUUCAUAGUCCUUGUCUAUGUACUAUUCCUUUUUUUUUUUUUU